UGGCCUGGCUCCGCCCGUCGCUAGCGGCCAGACCGCGCCCUUCGCCCCCUCCUAGCACAGGUAUCAGGUGAAACUGGUCGGGCGUGCGAGAGACAGCGGCGUCUGAAGCGCGGCGGGAAGAUGGCUGGGCGCCGCGGGCUGUACCUGCUGCCACUGCUGCUCUGCGCGCUGCUGGGAGCCGCCGCUCUCCCAGAGAGUAGUGGAACUGGCAGUUCAAAAGGAAGAAGCUUUGCUGGCCGGAAAGUUCCAAAUGCAAAUAAUGCCUCAGAAGAGUUCUAUGAAGUGGAUCAAUUUGCAGCAAAUGCCCUCACAGGAAAGCUGACUACAGUUUUUCUUCCCAUUGUCUAUAUCAUUGUCUUUAUCAUUGGUUUACCAAGCAAUGCUUUGGCCCUCUGGGUGUUUUUUUUCCGAACAAAGAAGAAACAUCCAGCUGUGAUUUAUAUGGUUAACUUGGCAUUAGCAGAUCUUCUUUUUGUUGUCUGGUUCCCGCUGAAGAUUGCGUACCAUCUAAAUGGCAAUAAUUGGCUAUUUGGUGAAGGUCUCUGCAAAGUAUUUGUUGGAUUUUUCUAUGGAAAUAUGUACUGUUCCAUUCUGUUUAUAACAUGUCUCAGUGUGCAACGAUACUGGGUUGUAGUAAACCCCAUAGUGCAUUCCAGAAAAAAAUCUGAAAUUGCUUUGGGCAUCUCCCUUGCUAUCUGGAUAGUGAUUUUGCUAGGCACCAUUCCAUUGUAUCUUGUUAAUCAGACAGUAUACAUUUCAAACCUUAACAUCACUACCUGCCAUGAUGUGUUGCCUGAAAAUGUUUUGGCUCAUGACAUGUUCAAUUAUUUCCUCUCACUUGCAAUUGGACUCUUCUUAAUCCCAGCUCUCCUCACUGCUGUUGCUUAUAUACUAAUGAUUAAGACUCUGAAUGCUUCCAUCUCAGAUGUAAGCACUGGGAAGAAACGAAAAAGAGCAAUUAAACUCAUUAUUGCUGUCCUGUCUAUGUAUCUCAUCUGUUUUACACCUAGCAAUGUGCUACUUGUUGUGCACUAUUUACUCCUCAAAGCCUACAGCCAGAGCUAUCUGUAUGUGUCAUACAUAACUGCACUGUGUCUUUCUACUUUGAACAGUUGUAUUGAUCCAUUCAUCUAUUACUAUAUUUCAAAAGACUUCAGAGACAAUCUUAAAAAUGCUCUUCUUUGCCGGAGUGUGCGAACUACAAGGAGAAUGCAGGUGUCUCUGUCAUCGAACAGGUACCCCAAGAAGUCAAAUUCUUACUCUUCAAGCUCAAAUGGGACCACUAAAUCAACCUACUGAAUUUAAUCCGAAAAGAAAGGUGAACUUUUAUUACUACUCCUAAAAGGGUGUAAGUGACAAGAGAGUCAUAUUGUAUAAAAGUACGAAGAAUGAAGAAAUAAUCUGCUUUUUAAUUAUCUUUAAACCUGGAUUUCAGAACUGUCAGCUGUUUACCCUGUAUACAAAUGGUAAACAGAUAAAUCUUCCCACUAUACUGGAAAAAAAUUGACAUUUCUGAUGCUCUGCAAAAAUACUGCUGACUUUGAGUCAUCAUUAAAGACAUUUUCAUUCAAUAUUGAAGCUGUAAAAAAGCCGUAUGCCACUGUAAUGUUAUAUAGUGUUGCUAGUAUAUUUAAUUAGCAGAUAAAUCUUGUUUUGCUAUAACCAUAGUGUAUUAAACAGCUGAAUAGAUUGUGUAUGUUAACAGGUUGUGUAUGUUAACAGAUUGUGUAUGUUAACAGAUUUUGUAUGUUAACAGACUCUGUAUGUAGGAGCUUGCUCUCUGUACCUGCUUCCAUUGAACAUUAUCUGAAACCAUCAAGAGAAAGAAAAGAGAAUCCAUUUCACCAUCUUGCUGUUGGCUGAGCAACAUGACUGCUUAUUGGCUUUAGUAUAAUGUAGUUUUAUAUUAUUUUCCAAGUUGUUCCAUGUUGUAAAUUCUAACAGGCAGAAGACUGUAAGGUUACCCUUUUGAGCUGACAGCUAGCAGCUAGCACUGAGAUGUUAGUUGAGGUUAUACACUGUUACUUAACACUUUCCCAUACAUGAUCUUAAAUGGGGAUAUAUUUAACAAAGUUUUGAUUAAUAGCUAUUUG